AUGAACACCACCAUCAUCAUCCCCUACCCAAGAGCUGCAAGAACUGUCACUCCACCUGUUGACAUACAUUACGACUUCUGCAAGUUAAAACCACUAUCCCCUGAGGAGGCUCUUGAAGAAAACCUUCUACUAAAUUCUACUGCUUGGCCUGAAACUCCAUCUUUAUCAUCACCUCUUUUCUUGAGCAACACCAGUGAUGCAGCACACAGCACUUUCACCAUUCUCCCCAGUAUAAGAGAGGGACAGUGGCGUGUAGGGGAUAAACUGGAGGCCCUGAUAAAAAUACACGACUUCAAGGGGCGUCCAAAGAAGUUCGGGGGAGACGUCUUAUUUGCCAAGCUGCACAACCCCACCCUUGGUGCAGGUGUGGUAGGGCAAGUGGUGGAUCACCUCAAUGGCUCCUACUCUGCUGAAUUCUCUAUACUGUGGGAAGGAAGCGCACAGGUUGAGGUUACAUUGGUUCAUCCUAGUGAGGCAGUCAGGGUGUUGCACAGGCUGAACAGAGAACAGCCCGACAGGAUUUACUUCAAGAGCCAGUUCCGCUCUGGCUCUGUCACUGAAACGACCAUCUGUAACGUAUGUUUGCAUUCGGCACAGCAGCCUGUGUGCAACUACACUGAGCUCCUUACAGGUGAGCCAUGGUUCUGCUACAAACCAAAGAAUCUGAAUUGUGAUGCCAGAAUCAACCACUUCACGGGAGGAUUUAAAGAAAACAUCACAGCCAUUGAGAAACAACUUUUUCAAAGAGGUGUCAACAUGAAAGUCUCCAUUCCAGCAUCAGGACCUGCCAACAUCACCGUGCUUCCAAAAAGGAAAGGUAAUUCAGAGGAGAGUAGCAGCAGCGUGGAGUCUGGAACCUCUGGCUAUUACUAUGAGGGUGUAUGGAGAGCACUAUAUGGCACCACAGUUCGUGAGUUCAAAACUUCCUCAGCCAUCACACAGUGUCUGAAAGACAAAGUUGUUCACUUGCAUGGAGACUCGACCAUCAGGCAGUGGUUUGAAUACCUUACCAAAGCAGUACCAGAUCUCAAGGAGUUUAACCUGCAUAGUCAGAAAAAAAUUGGACCUCUUAUGGCUCUGGACAACGCAAACAACAUUUUGGUGACGUACCGCUGCCACGGCCCUCCAAUCCGUUUUAGCAAAGUCCCAACCAGUGAGCUGCUCUAUAUUGCCAACAAGUUGGACAAUGUGGUUGGAGGCAGCAACACUGUCAUAGUUCUCAGCAUCUGGUCACAUUUUAGCACUUACCCCAUUCAGUUCUACAUCCGGCGUUUGCAGAGCAUCCGCAGGGCAGUGGUGCGGCUGCUGUCCAGGGCUCCAGACACACUGGUUGUCAUUCGGAGCGCAAACCCCAAAGCUUUGAUAACGUUGUACGAUGCACUCACUGUGAGUGACUGGUACUCGCUGCAGCGGGACAAGGUUCUCAGAGCCAUGUUCAAAGGUGUAAAUGUCCAUUUGGUGGAUGCCUGGGAGAUGGUCCUGGCCCACCACUUGCCGCAUGACCUCCACCCACCACCUCCCAUAAUUAAGAACAUGGUUAAUGUUCUCUUGUCCUACAUAUGUCCGCAAAAAGAUGGCUAG